GCUGUCAUCUUAUACUUUCUAAGUUUCAAUCGCAUUUAACGUAUGGUUCGUAUUUAGCACUUCAUCUGUCAAUGGUGCCGAAACGUUCUACCGUAAAGAUUUGCAGAUCAAACAAGCAUCACCGGGACAAAAGAAGCCAAUACCAAAAAAGGAUGAGCCACUCGGUUUCGGGGCGAUAUUCGCUGAUCAUAUGCUAGAAAUAGACUAUGAUCAUGGCAAAUGGGCUAAGCCUGUCAUACAUCCGUACUGCAACCUUUCAAUUGAUCCUGCAGCCAUGGUACUGCAUUAUGCUUAUGAGUUAUUCGAGGGAUUGAAAGCCUAUCGUGGUGUUGACAAUCGUAUUCGCAUGUUUCGUCCAGAGCUAAACAUGGCAAGGAUGCGAAGAUCCGCUAAAAGAAGCACUCUUCCAGACUUCGAUGGAAACGAGCUUUUGGAAUGCAUAAAGGAACUGGUAAGCGAGUAA